AUGUCACUAUCACGCCGCCCGGUUUUGACGGUUCUUGUGGGGCAGGUCGCCCAUGUCCGAACGGCGCUUGCUGUGGACCAUCCGGCUUUUGUGGAUAUGCCAGGUUCCACUUUCUGCGGUGUUGGUUGCUUGAGUAACUGCGACGCUCUUGCUGAAUGUGGCCCCAAUGCUGCACCCGGGAAUAGUAUUUGUGCUUUGAACGUCUGCUGCAGUCAAUUUGGCUUUUGCGGAACAACCGAUGAUUUUUGUGGGACUGGGUGCACAGGACCAAACUGUGGUCAGCCUAAGAUACCGACGGGGGUUAAUAGCGAUGUAACAUCUAGGGUUAUCGGCUAUUACGAGGUAUUCAUGGUAUCCCUGAUUCUCUUUCUGUCAGCUGAUCAAUUCUUAGGGAUGGGCAUCAAGUCGUUGAGUAUUGUUAAUUUCAAACAAUGUGGUCUACGAUCGGAAACUUAUGUUAUUGGGAAGAAUACAUUUGAAGUCGUUCCAGCAUUAGCUGAUGACAUUCCCAAUUAUACCGCGUUUACAGGGCUUAAGCAGGCAAACUCUAAUCUCAAAACUUAUAUCUCCGUUGGGGGCUGGUCGUUCAACGAUCCACCUACUCAGCAUGUCUUUAGUGAUACGGCAUCUAGCUUGUAUGGAUUCGAUGGGGUAGAUAUCGACUGGGAAUACCCAGUGGCCUGUGAGCGUGGAGGUGUACCGGCUGAUAAGGAAAACAUGGUGGCUCUUUUUAAAACUAUGCGCGAAACCUUCGACGCUUCAGGUCAUACCUUUGGAAUCACAUUCACAGCACCCUCGUCCUUCUGGUAUCUGCAGCACUACGAUCUCUUGGGUCUACUCUCUUACGCCGAUUGGGUCAACCUGAUGUCCUACGAUCUUCAUGGUGUAUGGGACGAGAAGGAUAUCUACAUUGGAAGCGUUGUCCAGGCCCAUACAAAUCUCACUGAGAUAGUUCAGUCCGUUCAAUUGUUCCAAAGAGUUGGGGUACCUCUCGAGAAAAUUGUUCUCGGCAUGGGUUUCUAUGGACGUACCUUCCAACUGACUGAUCCCACUUGCACCACACCGGGAUGUCAUUUCUCUGGUCCUGCGCCCGGCGGACCCUGUACUGCUUCUGAUGGUAUUCUAAGCUUUGCGGAGAUAGAGCAAAUAGUUGCACAGUCCAAUAGCACUCCCGUGUACGAUAAAACAGCACAAGUGAAAUACCUUGUUUAUGAUGAUGACAAUUGGGUGAGCUAUGACGACGCUGUUACAUUUCAGGCGAAGGUUUCAUGGGCCAAAGGAGCUGGACUAGGUGGCCUCAUGGUGUGGGCACUUGAUCUGGAUGAUUUCGACUCCACGCCAAUCCAACAAGCGCUUGCGGAGGAAAAUCUGUUGGGCAGCCAGUUUGCUGUCCUGUUAAUCAGCAACCGAAAGGCUGUCAGUGGAGAGGUACUGCACCAUUCUGCAACGGUGUUUGUGAACUCAACAGCGGGGGAGAUUUCAUUGGCAAGUGACUCCUGGGGUACAGGCCAUAAGUGUAGCUCUGGGCACAAAGAAUUUUGCUGCCAGUCUGGAUUAAGCAGCGAGCAAAUUGAUGAAGCAACUGACUGCCAAUGGACACCAAUCAAAAAAGUCUGCCCAACCGGCACCUUUGUCAAAGACAGAGAUUAUUACGGAGAUACCGGUAUAUUUCAUGCAUGUUUCAUGCAAGAGAAACAGCUGUGCUGUGCACCACCAAAAGGUGCAUCGACAACUUCUCCGUUCAAUCCGGCUGAUCUAUUUCCUAAUCCUCCAGCCGAUGGAGACCUUGAUUGGGAUUUACAAGACGACCCUAUUGACGAGAGUGCUCCAAAUGGCGGUGAUGCUGCCAAUGACAACUCAUUUGGAUUGCUUGCACUGGAUAUGCCUCCCGGAUGCGGAGGGACGUUUGCUCGAUUGGCUCAUCUUGAAAUCAACCCUGAUAUGACAGUUCCUGACACGCACGCUGGCCGCAAACCAGAAGCGAAUCCAGUCUAUGAAAUGCAUUUUGACUACAACUUCCACUUAAUUUGGAGGUCGGAAACUCGAACAGCUGAUGACGGCGAAGUUCUUCUUCGUGCUGAUGUUACUACAUUGCCUGGAUACUGGGCCGAAAUUGAUACAGCUGGAUCAUCUGUAAGAAGAGAUCUAGAGGAACGGUGGUUUGGUGGCUUUGAUGACUGGCUCAAGCGACUUACAAAAGUCAAAUCUGAUACAAGCGCUGAUCUCGUGAUGCAAAAGUCAUUCUCUAGUGUCCUUUUCUCGGCCAGUCAGCACUGCGAGAGUGAGGACGGUACUUUGACCUUUGAUGCAAGAUUUUACUUGGAGGGAUCUCUUUUCCCUCUUAACGUUGAUUCUGCCUAUGUUUAUGCGAAUUCCGAUGCUUCUGCUUCUCUUGGAUUUGCUGUAACCGGCCGAGCCGAACUUCAGUAUGACACAGGGAGAAUACCAUUGGUUCCGGAACUUGCAUGGCCAGGAAUUAUUGGUCAAUUAUCUUUGUCGGGAACCUUUGGAGCUACUGCGGCCUACACGCUUCCCCAAGGGCAUGUGUCGUUUGGUCUCGUAGGCGGGACACAGACACCGGUUGAUAAGGGAAGCGAUACCGCUCCAGGUCAAGAGUAUGGGUGGACUAUACAACCCACACUAGAUGUCGAGCUUGGCGGAUCAUUAGGUGUUCAUGUUAUACCAGAAGCCGCAGCGGUGUUCACUGUAUUCCCAGGGACACCGCUCGAAAUAGGAGCACAAGCCACCAUUACCGUUGAUGGUGCUCUUGUCAUGUCUUUUAAUGCAAAUUUACAAGGAGUUGACGCUAGCAUUGACGCUCAAGUCGACUUCCUUGCUGGUGCGUCUGGAUUGGGAGGCACGGUUGGUCCAUUCAACUUUUUCCAUCAAGACUAUAACUUGUACAGCACUAGUAUCUCAUUCUCGGACUCCCCUGCUCGCCGCUCGAUAUCUACUCCCCGCGAUUUACCAGGAAAUAAUAGCUUUGGAUCUAGCAUGGCAAAGCCAUUUAGGAAGAAACGUCACGGGGGUACGGGGAGUAAUUUGCAAUAUUUCGAGGCUCGGGAAGGUAGUCUGGAGUCUCGCGGUUUGUUCUCAGGCCUAUUCGACUGCCCACAACCAAAGGAAAAUAACGGAACCAGUGGAAGUUGUGCUGACGCUCUCGCAGACAGCGUCCCUGACCCCGACCCCGAUGACGGUGACGAUGAACUUGAAACCCGAAGCGAAGAACAUAUAGCGUACCAAAAUACCCUGCCAGACGGAAUAUGGGAUUUACUCGAGCUUGAUGAUCUAAGCACCACCGCAGCAGACUGGGGCGCACGAAAUUCUUACGCUGCUAAAACUACCAGUCGGAACGAUGACGGAUAUGCGAAAGAGCACGUUUAUGAGAUGCAGCUUCUGACACAAUUCAUGACGGAUGUUGUCGUCAAAAACAUCGAUUUGCGUGGCAUGAGCGCAUGCAACUGGCUGAAGACUUACGUUUUCAGUCCGUUUGGAACACAGGGUGUGAUUCUUGCCGAUGCCUUGCGUUCCAUUCAGCCAACUGGAACCGAUGAAAUGCCAGUUCUGUUGGGCAUCGCGAAUUCAGCCAAGGAAGCGUUCCUCGCUGGACAAAAGGAGUUUAGAACACUAGCAAACAUGCAAGGACCAUCAAAAGAUGCAUCUGCAAUCCUGUUCCUCUUGCGAGCAGCAGGUGUGGCAACUGAUUACCUACAGGACAGAAUUAUUGAGAUCGAAUUCAAAAUUCGGGCGGAUUCAGUCCGCCAACUUUGGAUAAACUUUAUCGCUGAAUAUGAGGCUGCUUUUCCACCUGCUCAACCUUUCGAUGUUUCUACCGCUUACAAAAGUCUCCUUACAGCUGGAUUCAACUCGAGAGCCGCAACCUUCCUCGCAAAUGCAAAAACUGCGUUGAUCGGAAAGAUUCCUCAGGGACAGACAACAGUCUCUGUUAACCUACCAAUUUCAGUAAGCAAUGUUCCUGCUCUAUUGUGGUAG